UCCUCCUCCGGUUUCGUGUGCGUUAGCUAGCUUAGCAGGCAAGGUAGCUAAUAAGUUGCUAAUAGUGUCCCUUUAUGAUUGUGCGUGUGAUAUUUUUGGAGAUUGUAUCUAAAAUGAAAACCAAACGUUUAAUGUCUGGCUGAACUGUUAAAAAGAUAUCGUAUCGCGUCAGAGACCCCUUCAAGUGAAAUUUGUUAGCCACAUGCUAGGAAGCGUUGGCUAAUUAUAUUCAGUUUACAUCAUGGCAAGUGCAGCAAAUACAAACCUAAACGCAGUCCGGGAGACUAUGGACGGUAAAUGUAUAGUUAAUGAACAUGCAGCAUUGUUGCUGGAGAUCUCCAGGUUGCUGAACACAGGUAUGGACAUGGAGUCUCUGUCCAUAUGUGUGAGACUGUGUGAGCAGGGCAUCAACCCAGAAGCUUUGUCUGCAGUCAUCAAAGAACUGCGUAAAGCUUCUGAAACCCUCAAGGCUUCUGAAAACUGCACUAACUGAAGUUGCAGGCUGAUCACCUCAGUUUGAACUUUAAUGGGAUCAUACCCCGUUCCUGGAUCUGUACCUACCGUGGGCUCUCCAACCAAUCAGACGUGCAUGUGCGUCUUCACUCUGUCCUCAGCGCCUCAUCUGUGACUGACUGCUCCUGUCCUGUGCUUUUGGCUUGUGUUUGAGGUUUUGUGUGGAGGUAUCAACCUCAGUCCUCUUCCUAAAUACAAAUCGCAAUGGGGCGUGCUCAGCCGUUCGGCCUCGGGUUUGCUUGCAAGUUUCUCCUUUUUGUAAAGUGGAAGUUCAUAGUCGAUUUAUGUUGCACUUUCCAUGAGAAAAUGUUUUUUAUGAUGUUUUGAAAUAUCUCCGUUGAUAUGAAUUGUUUUUAAUUUUUUUGUAAGCAUAAUGCUUAUUUUCAGCUUAAUCCUUUUGGCAUUUCCAUUGUCCAUGUAACCAUCAAUGAUGGAACAAAGUCUAAAUUAAAAUGUUACAGUCAACGGCCACAA